AUGGCAGUCAGUCAGUCGGUGGUUGGCCGCGCCAACGCGGAGAAGCCUCACGGUAUCGUGGGUAUGAUAAAGAACCCCUAUGUCUUUUUGACAUGUUGUUUCGCAUCCCUAGGGUGUAUCAUGUACGGAUACGAUCAGGGAGUGAUGGGUCCUAUCCUGGUGAUGGAGAACUUUGAGAACCAUUUCCCCUAUUUUCAAAGUUCAAUCAUUCAGGGCUGGCUGGUUUCUGCACUGGAACUCGGUGCUUGGGCCGGUGCUCUCAUCAACGGUGUUCUGGCAGACCGCAUCUCGCGUAAAUACGCCAUGAUGGUUGCUGUCGUUAUCUUUACUCUGGGAACUGGUCUCCAGGCUGGUGCGCAGACGCCCGCUUACUUUUUCUCUGGCCGGGUCAUCGGUGGUGUCGGCAUCGGCAUGUUCAGCAUGGUUAUUCCUCUCUACCAGGCUGAAGUUGCCCCCCGGAGUUGCCAGCUUUCGAUCACUAUCGGGACCACCAUCGCCUUCUGGCUCGACUACGGCAUGCAGUACGUUGGUGGCACUACCUGCAACCCCGAGGGCAUUGCCAAUCCUUACCUGCCCGAUCAUACUUACAACGCCGCCCAAAACAAUGGCCACACUUGCUUGGGCCAGAAGACCAUUUCCUGGCGCCUUCCUCUGGCCCUCCAGAUUAUCCCUGCCUGGAUUCUGUUCUUCGGCAUGUUCUGGUUCCCCUUCUCCCCUCGUUGGUUGAUGAUGAAGCACCGCGAAGACGAGGCCCUCGCUGCCCUUUCCAAGCUUCGUCGCUUGCCCGGUACCGACCCGCUAGUGCGCGCUGAGUUCCUUGAAAUCAAGGCUGCUGUCAUGUUUGACGAAGAAAGUGAGCGAGAGGCUAUUGGAAGCGGCGGUGCCUUGGCCCCAUGGAAGGCUCUAUUUGCGCCAAACAUGUUCAAGCGUCUGAUGAUUGGCUGCUGCACCAUGGUUUUUCAGCAAUUCACCGGUAUUAACGCUGUCCUGUACUAUGCGCCUCAGAUUUUUACCUCCUUUGGCUUUUCGUCUACCAAGACCACCCUGCUCGCUACCGGUGUGACUGGUAUCCUUCAGAUUAUCUUUACUCUGCCCUCUGUCCUCUACCUUGAUAAGUUUGGACGCAAAACCUUCCUGAUCUGCGGUGCUGCGGGCAUGUUUAUGUGCCACAUUGUUGUGGCCAUUGUCGAGGGUCUGUUCGAGGAUAAGUGGAAUCUGCACAAGGGAUUGGACCAGCCGCAAGGCUGGGUUGCUAUCGCAUUUAUUUGGCUGUUUGCUGUCAACUUUGCCUACUCAUGGGGUCCUGUCGCCUGGCGUUCUCGUGGUGUCGCCAUCGUCGCAUCCACCAACUGGAUGUUCAACUUCAUCAUUGGCCUGACGACCAAGGAUAUGCUCCUCACUAUGAAAUAUGGAACGUAUAUUUUCUUCGCCGUCUUCAGCGGUCUUGGCGGUCUCUUCAUUUGGAAGUUCGCCCCUGAGACCAAGGACAAAACCCUUGAGGAGCUGGACAUUUUCUUCGGCGGUAGUAAGGAGAGCAUUGCCGAGGCUGACCGUCUCCGCAUGGAGAGAAUUAACGACCAGCUGGGUCUUGGUGGCGUCGAGACCCUGGAGGACCUGAAUACGGAGAAGCAGAUCACUACCCAGCAGGUUGAGGUUAAUACCACCUCCCACGACGCUUGA